CAAGGGGUGGCGGAGAAAGUGCCAGCACCCUUUGCUCUUUCCAACAGCAAUCGAUUGCUAAGGCUGGGCAGAAAUGGCCAUUUCUUUGGGUCUGCGGAGCUGUUAACUGGAUCCCUGGGAGCAACGUCGUUUUUUUCCGCCGCCCCCAAAACCUGGGUUCCUUUAUUUUAUUUUUAUUGCUUCCCAUUUCCCCUCCUCUUUUCUUUCUCCCUCCGGGAACAAGACAGAGACGCAUCAGCGACCCUCCUCCUCCACCACCCCAGCAAGGAACGCGGCGAGUCGAGGCACCAAAGCAAACGGGAGAGGGAAUUAAUAGUAUCAUUAUUCCGUUUUACUUCCUCCCUUCCAAACGAUGUUACAGACAUUAUUCAACUAUUUCUGGUGGGACCGGCUGUGGUUGCCAGCCAACCUCACUUGGGCUGAUCUCGAAGGCCAUGAUGGCCAGGUCUAUAGUAAAGCAUCCCACCUCUACAUGACAAUCCCGCUAGCUUUCGUCUUCCUGUUCAUCAGACACCUCUUUGAAAUAUACGUGGCCACGCCACUAGCUGCCCUUUUGAACAUCAAAGAGAAAGUCCGGUUAAAAGCUCCACCAAACCCUGUGCUAGAAAAAUUUUACACUUCUUCCUGUAAACAUCCCAAACAGGCUGAUGUCGAGGCGCUCUCGAAGAAAACCAGCUGCACCCCGCGGCAGGUGGAGCGCUGGUUCCGCCGGCGACGCAAUCAGGACCGGCCCAGCUUGCUGAAGAAGUUCCGGGAGGCCAGUUGGAGGUUCACCUUUUACCUUAUUGCUUUCAUUGCUGGCCUGGCUGUCAUCGCAGAUAAACCUUGGUUUUACGAUCUCCAAAAAGUUUGGGAAGGGUAUCCCGUUCAGGUCUUGUUACCAUCCCAGUACUGGUAUUACAUAAUCGAGCUGUCUUUCUACUGGUCUCUUCUGUUCAGGAUCGCCUCGGAUGUGAAGCGGAAAGACUUCAAGGAGCAAGUGAUCCACCAUGUGGCCACCAUUAUCUUGAUCAGUUUCUCCUGGUUCACCAACUACAUCCGUGCGGGGACUCUCAUCAUGGCCUUGCACGAUGCGUCGGAUCACCUGCUGGAGUCGGCGAAGAUGUUUAACUACGCCGGCUGGAAGAACACUUGUGAUUACAUCUUCAUUGUGUUUGCUGUUGUCUUUAUCAUUACCCGGCUUAUCAUCUUUCCAUUCUGGAUUCUACGUUGCACAAUAAUUGAUCCCUUAGACGUUUAUCCGCCUUUCUUCGGCUACUACUUCUUCAAUUCCAUGAUGAUUGUCCUCCAAAGUCUGCACGUUUUUUGGGCGUAUUUCAUUAUUCGUAUGGCCCACAAAUUCAUAACUGGAAAGUCAGUAGAUGAUGAGCGGAGCGACAGAGACGAGACCGACAAUUCCGAAGACGACGAGCAGAAGGCGGCAGCCGCCGCCGUUUCCGUCACGAAGAACGGCCCCCUUAGCAACGGGCACCUCGUCUUGAACAAUAACCAUCGGAAAUCCAAAUGAUUUUCCUCCCCCUCUUUUGUCUUCAUCCCUCUCCGGUUCCAGCUCGCCUGUCGUGAGAGGCACCGACCGUGUCUGGUUUUUGGUUUUGGUUUUUUUUUGGGGGGGGGGGCGUUUUUGAGGCCAAACCAAAAACUUUCUCCCGGGAGAGCUCCGAAAUUUCCAUCGCAAGCCCGUGCGAUCCUGUCCUUUCUCGACCGGUUAAGCCCCUUUCUUUCAAUGCCGGCUGAAUCGAAUCGACGGCUCCGCUUCACGGUUGACUCUGAAACUCCUGCCAUCGUUCCCGUUUUACUGACGAAAACAGCGCGCGCUCCCCACCCUUCAAAAAGGCCUCUUCUCCUGACCGAAGCUGUAACGGUGGAAAGUUGGCAAACUGUUAUUGUUUCAUUCCCCCCUUUCUCUUUGCAAGAAGAGUUGGGAGACGGGGUAACCGAUGGCCUUGUCCUCCCCCACCCCCCCCACCCCCCGGCCUAUCACCAAACUGCCUUAAAACUAAGUUGGGAAGCAAAACUGAACUUGGGAGUUUCUCUUUUUCCUCCCCCGAUUUCCAAAAUCACACAUUCGUCAACUUCCAAGAAGCUGCGGGGAGACGCCACCGCCACCACGCACGCUCUCUCCAACGGAACGAAUAACCCCGUGUUAGGAACGACACUUCGGCGUUUCCAUCGUCAAGGCGCCAGUCCUCAUCGAGGCUUCUUCCUCCUGUGCCAAAGGUCUUCGAUUUAUGGUUGGCUGCAAUGCCGAUUUCUUCCUGCUUUCCGGGUUCCCUCGAAGAUCUCCUUCGAAGAGUCCUGCGCCCGUGUCCCAUCACCCGCCCCGCUGGAGAGGACACGUCGCCCUGAUAUAUCCGAGUGUCUCAUGUAUAGAUGGGUAGAAAGGGAGGAGGCGUGGGAUAGGACCCCAGUCCCCGUUAAUCUGUAUUCUGCACUAGCUCUGCUUACGGUGUUCUGUCCGUUAAUGCUGCAACAUUUGGGGAGCAGGCGGUGUGCUUGCACAGGCGUCUAGCACGGGUGGGCAGCUCACGCCUUUCCAGAUGUUUUGGCCGACAACCCCCAAUGGCGAGAAAUAAGGUGAAAGCCCUAUACAUUCGGAGUGGCCGCAAAUCUAGCGCUGCCGGACUCGGAACGCAGUCCGUUUUCACGCCGGCAUCUUUCUCUCCCCUUCUGUGCGUCCCUCUUGUCUUUCCGAGCGGUACGGUCAAAGCCACAGCGCAUCCCUUUCCGCAAAGAUCGUCGGCGUCUUAUUCGCUGCACCGAAACACACACACACACACACACCCAACAAGCGCACGAGGUGUGUCCCUUCGCCGCACGCACGCGCACCCCGGGUUUUUCAUUUUCUUUUUGGCUUCGCCGCCUUGCCACGCGGCGUCCGUAGGUCGUUUCCAAUUACGGAAAUAUUGAAUUCGAGAGACGUGGGUGGCUUAAGGCGUGGCGAGCACAUUGGGUGAGUUGCCCCCCUCUUUUUUUUAGAGAACAUAUGAGGUACAGCUGUCCCCCCUUGCGGGGGGAGUUACUACAGCAAACAAAGGGAGAGGCCAAUGAUGCCAAUGAACGGUAAAACUGACGCUGGUAACUUUUUUUGUUUUGUUUUCGAACUGCACAUCCUUCUGUAUAGAACUUACUCAAUGCACACUACUACCCCUCUCCCAUUUGCCUUGUAAAUUAAUACUUUCCUCACUUUUCACGUACGCUCCCUUUGCUCACCCUGUUUAAACAAAAACCAGGACGCCCAGAACUUUGGCUACCCGCCCUUUGAGGACACAAUUCUUUUUAAUUUAUUAGAUAGGAUUUUUCCAAGUACCAAAGCAGACGGAUUUCAGACAAAGGGGCCCAGCAGAACAAAAAACCCCGAAAGAAUUGGAAGGAAUAUUGGAUCUACAUGUAGGAUCAAGCGGCGAUUUAUUUUUCCCCCCCAGCCUAGCCCAACCGGGGGGGGGGGGGGAGGGGGAGGGGAUUCCCAAAAGGACCAUUUGCCUACCUUCAGACCAAAACGUGUUUUUUAAAAAAGAAAAAUUAAAUAUAUUAAAACCUAAAUAAAACUAAUAAACAUCUGUAAAAAAAAAAACACAUACACAAAACCA